AUGAAGAUUAACGAACACCAGGCUAUCCUCACACCCCGCCUUCUUCUUGUUCCGUACAGUUCUCACCACGUCCCCACAUACCACGAAUGGAUGCAAGAUGAGGAGUUGCAGAAGCUUACCGCAUCCGAGCCACUGACGCUUGAGGAGGAGUACGCCAUGCAAGCGUCAUGGCGUCAGGAUGCAGAUAAAUUGACCUUUAUCAUCUGCACCUCACCGAACACGCCAACAGCACCAUCGGAUCUUUCCACGAUGGUCAAGGUCUCUCCCGGAACGGAAGAUGCACCCGACCGCAUGGUAGGGGACGUUAACCUGUUCUUGUAUCCGUGUGAGGAAGGUGAUGACGUAGAGCAACAAGAAGGCUGUGGGACAGAGAAGGUGGACACGGUCGGCGAGUUGGAGAUUAUGAUUGCUCGACCUAGCGCUCGAGGAAAGGGACUCGCGAAAGAAGCCCUGCAGGCUUUCAUCUGGUACAUAUCCACAUCGUUGCCGGCUAUUCUGGAGGAGUACGCAAAGGGAACAAAUGACACGGGCAAGCUGAAGUCUCUAAGCUACUUGAGAGUCAAGAUUGACAAAGACAACACUGGGAGCAUCAAACUGUUCAAAACGUUGUGCUUCGGUCAAGUCAGCGGGCCUAACUAUUUUGGGGAAGUGGAACUGCGGUCUAUGGAUGUACAUGGUGGGAUAGCGGAUGCUGCUGGGUUUGCAAGAAAACUAUUCUACGGGGACUGA